AUGGAUUUCCAUCUAGUGCCGCGCGGCGAAGACCGAAACUACACGGGCUUUCUAACGAAAACCAUUGUCUACACAGCAUCAUUGAUUGUCUUUCUAGCGUCAUUCGGCUUAACCGUAUCGUCCAUUGUGGUCCCAAAAUGGAUUAGUUAUCAGAACGAUGAGAUCUGGUAUUCAUACGGCCUCCAUCGGCGCUGUUCCUCAGUCACCGAUGUCUGCGUUAGCUUCCCCCAGCAGGAGGAUUGUAGUGGUCGGGGCCGCUAUUUCUGUUCCAUGUGGCGCUCCGUGGGCUUCCUUAUGUCCUUUGCCGUCGUUUUGGAGGGCAUGAGUAUUGUUGCAUUCCUGAUCAUAUUGUCCGGUGGGAAGCGAUUGCGGGAAUCCGGGUGGAAGGUUCUCAGUUUGUUGAUCGUGUUAUCGGCCAUUGUGCAGGCGGCGAGCAUGUCGAUUGUGGCGUAUUUAUAUGACCAUGACACGCGGUUUUUCCCCGGCUGGAGACUGGACGAGUCCUGGGUCUAUUGCAUCAUCAGCUGGUGUAUUAGCUUGCUCUGUGCGGCCGCCCUGAUUAUUGCCGGCCGCGUGCUGCCGUCGGAAGGUGGCUAUGAAUUGAUUCCUGAUCAUUCUUAAUUCCGUUCUUAUGGAGACGAUUUGUCAACGGUGGCACGAUUCGAUAUACGUUUACGGCGGUGCAUCUCUGAUUCGCGGUUCUGCGUUGUUCUGCAGCUUCCCUUCUUUCCCCUGCUUCUGCAUUCUUUUUAGCCCGGUGGUUUUCGCUCUUUUUGAAUGUACAUACAGACUAGAUGUCUACGAGUAAUGUUUAUGACACGUGA